AGUGGGAGGCACGUGACGUGGUGGGCAGUCAACAACAACAACAGUGAGCGGCGAAUGAGUUUUCCAGAGUGGAUUAAACCGUGAUUUGACGUGAAGUGGAGCAGCUGAAAGUGGCGACACGGAGCACCGAGUGUUCGUUUACUGUAGUUAGUUCACGGUGUUGAGUUUCCCCGAGUAGAAAAUGAGUGUUAAUAGAAAUGGACGCCCAGCUUCAUACAGCGAGUACACCGCCGUGGACAGAGAAGACAGUGAAACUUCUCCUUUACUGUCAAAUACAUCAGGACAGACCAGGGACAAAGGAGCUUCCUUCACGUCCUCCGUGUUUAACCUGAUGAAUGCCAUCAUGGGCAGUGGUAUACUGGGUCUGGCUUAUGCCAUGGCGAGCACUGGUAUAUUUGGUUUCUGUAUUCUGUUGAUACUGGUGUCCAGCCUGGCAGCGUACUCUGUACACCUCCUCCUGAAGCUAUGUGACCAAACAGGCAUCAAUUCAUAUGAAGAUCUUGGAGGGAAAGCCUUGCAAAAACCAGGAAAGUUUCUCGUUGGCAUCGCUAUUCUCGUUCAAAAUAUGGGUGCAAUGGCAUCCUAUCUGUUCAUCUUGAAGUCAGAGCUUCCUGCGGCCGUAAGCAGCCUCCUGGGCCCAGACAACACAGCAAACACCUGGUAUGAAGACGGCAGGAUGCUUCUGAUCGUAGUCACAAUCUGCGUUGUUUUACCGUUGUCCAUAUUGCCAAGAAUCGGCUUCCUGGGGUACACCAGUAGCAUCGCUUUCUUCUUCAUGCUGUACUUCACAGUUGUGGUUGUGGUCAAGAAGUGGUCCAUCCCCUGCCCGCUGCCUCACAACGUGACUCUGCUUUCAGGAGCCUCCCAGGUAUCGAAUUCCACUGACGCAGAGUGCACGCCCAAACUCUUUGUCAUCUCCAGCGAGAGUGCCUACGCCAUCCCCACCAUGGCCUUCUCCUUUCUGUGCCACACCGCUAUCCUGCCCAUCUACUGUGAACUGGACCGGCCGACUAAGGCCCGGAUGCAGAACAUCACAAACGUCAGUAUCGGCUUAAGCUUCCUGCUUUACCUCAUUUCCGCGCUGUUUGGCUACCUCACCUUCUACGCUCAGGUGAACUCGGAGCUGUUGCUCGGCUACGACGCGUUCAUGCCGCGGGACGUCAUGGUGAUGCUGGUCCGGCUGGCCAUCCUCCUCUCCGUGCUGCUGACCGUACCUCUGAUUCAUUUCCCUGCCCGUAAGGCUGUGAUCUUGCUGAUCCGCGGAAGUCGUCCUUUCUCCUGGCCGAUCCACAUCAUCACAACCCUAAGCAUCCUGGGCGUGGUGCUGAUCCUGGCCAUCUUUGUCCCCGAUAUCAGAAACGUGUUUGGAAUAGUGGGAUCAACAACAUCCACCUGCCUGAUGUUUAUUUUCCCGAGCAUCUUCUACCUCAAGAUUGGCACACAAACCCGCGGAUCCUUUGACUCCGUCGGGGCCAUUCUGUUGAUCAUCUUUGGAGUCAUCAUGGGAGUCGCCAGCCUCUCUUUCAUCUUCAUGACAUGGUUAUAGAGCUCGUAACCCUCGGCCUCAAAAUCAAGCACAUGAGCAGAGGAAAGAGAACUGAGUACUGGAGAGUUAAAAAAAAAAAGAAAAAGGGAACUGUUUGCGACUUGUCAGCAUUACCUCAAGCAAAAAUAUCUAUUGGACAAGUUGUUCUCAACAAUGGACGCGUGUUUUUGUACUUUUGAACUCAAAGACAUUAAGCAAACCAAGUGCACAUGGACCAAAAUAGACCAAAGGUGUUUUUUUUAUGAUCUACUCACUAAUUUUUACAGGUCUCACACCCGAGUCAGGUUACUCUUUUUGUGUUUAAUCCGCCUUCACAAACAGUGUGUGAGGCUUUUGUCACUUUAAAUUCACUCCGUGUCCUUUUUUAUGUCUAUUUUCACCUUCUGACGACCGUCGUGUUGUUGUCUGUGGAUGAUCGUGCACC